CAAAAACCAAAAACCAAAAACCAAAAACCAACCAACAUACAAGGAGGAACGAUGGCAAACAAACGCUCACUCGAUCCACCACUCGAUCAAUCACCCAGCUCAUUAAACCAAGCAAAGAAAGUCAAGUUCGGAACCCUACCACCAAACUCAGGAUCAUCCAAAGCAAGAAACAAGAAACCAGCCAGUUCAAGCUCGACAUUCGAGCCGAUCGAUGACUCAACCGAUCUCCAAUUCGAUGAACUCAAUCAAGUAGGAAAGAUCAAGAAAGGGAACGUUAAAGUAGAUGGCUAUGACUCAGAUUCUUCGACCGAAAAUACCGAGGUACGAAGCAGUAAGAAGAAGAAGAAACAAUCAAAGGAUGAAAUGGACGAGGAUGACAUCUUUGGAGACGAGAAAGAAGCAGACGGCGAUGGUCGAAAGGAUAAGCCCAAGUUUGAGAAGAUCGAUGUCGGACUGAAAGUCAAAAAGGGAGCCGAAGCUAAAGACUUCUUGGACCUAGGAGAUAUCGAAGGACAAGAAUUCGGUAAAGAAGAAGAAGAGGAGGAGGAGGAAGAGGAUGAAGAGGAUGAGGAUGGGGGCGGGGGCGGGAAGAAAAAGAAUCGAGCUCGUAACCAGCAACAGGAGGAAGAUGAUUCAGCGAACGAUUAUUCAGAAGAAGAAGAAGAUUUCGUACCAGGAGAUGAGUUUGCGAAUGCCGAUGAUGCACCGAGGGCCAGAAGAAAAUCUAAAAAAGGCAUGGGAUUCUUGCUCAGUAAAUUCAACAUGGCCGAGGAAUUGCAAGAAGGAAGAAUGGCCGCCGAUGGGAGUUAUGUGGCCUCUGCCAAAGAUCCUGAAGCCGUACAUGAUAAUUGGUUGGAGGGAGUGAACUCAAAGAAAACGAUCAAACAGGCUCGAGACGCUAAACGCUUACGCGACGAACAACUGCGGAGUAAAGUAGAGAAGGAAGAAAGUAUGGCCUCGCUUCGGACCCGCAAAGAAUGUUAUAUUGCCCUUUUGGGUCUCUUACCAGUGGGGGAUGGUCGGACAGUUUCACAAAUUCUAUGUCAUCUGGGCAACGAGAAACGGGCACUUCAAGGGACGGAAAAGAAGCCGAAGAAGAAGGUUUCAGUCAGGAAGAGUGCGAUCGACAGUUUGGUAUCAGACACGAUGGAGGUGGACGAAGAAUCAAAGACGAAUAAUGGAGAUCAUCGGGAGCGAUCGGCGGAUGGCAAGCCAGAGGAAGAAAACAGAUCGACAAGCCAGCAAACGAAAUCCGAGGAGGAAGUUAAACUAGAUCGCAGGAUCGGCGAGAUCACCGAUCUUGCCUCGAUGCUCAUGGGCACCCAUGGCGAGCUAGACAUAUACGAGAUGAGCCAUGGCUCGAUCACCGGGAUCCUGAAGAGCGAAGGCCUCGUUCCUCGGGACUGGCUUCCACCCAGUUCUCAAGACAUCUCAAUCACUUCCUCAUCCGGCGUCCAGUCCGACGCAGGCACAUCCCAACCGGCCAGGAAAUCAUUGAUAUCAAGACCCUCAAUCGCCUCCGCACUAGCUCAAUCCCCUCAGAUCUAUUAUAAAUUCAUCCAUUCUAGUCCUCCAACCUCUAACCCGUCCGAAUCGGAAGCUCCAGUCUACGGACCAUUCGACAAAUCGACCAUGCUUUCGUGGGCUCAACAGGGCUUCUUCGGCCACGAUUUCGAGCGGAUUCUCGUCAAACUUGACUCGUCUCUUACUGGUAAUGCCACUUGGGGCCCUUGGAACCAAAUCUUCAAUCAUUAAUCCCCACCCCCGCUACUAUUUUCUUGCUCGUCCUCUUGGUCUGUUCUCUAUUUUUCUGUCCAUUUAACUUCCUCAAAUAACUUAAGCAGGAUCUUGUCGAUCUUCUUUCCUAAAAUACCUUCUAUCUGUAUCAAUGUCUUUUUUUCUCUUCUCUUCUCAUCACCAGAAAUCUCUCUUAUUCCGUCAUGCAUACAUACAAAAUAUCUUUUUUCGAGUGAUGUUGAUAGGAUUUGAUGAAGAACUUUUUUUGAGUCGAUGAAAAUUAAAGUGAUCAACUCUUGACUUUUUUUUAAAUUGUUCUAUGUUUUCUUUUUCUUUUUUCGGAGAUACUCUGGGCACUCCGCAAAUUGUUUGCAUUCUUUUUUUUCAUUCUAUCAAUCGACUCUGC